AUGUGCUAUUUCACCUCCUUUAAUCUUUAUCUAACCUUUUUUCCACUUUCUUCUCUCACCACUUUUGACCUCCCUUCUCAGCCUCCUUCGUCGGCCUCCAUCGACUGGUUGAUCCAGGUUAAGCAUGGGAAUGGUGGUGAAGGUCUUAAGAACUUGGCUGACGCUUUGAAAAAGUUGAUUGAAGGGGCUAUUGAAAAUGCUACUAAGAGUCUCAAAGAAAAAGAAGAUGAACUUAAAUGCUCUGAAAGUCCCGAUCAUCCUCAUUGUAAGACACUUAAAGACAAAAUUGCUAAAGCCAAUGGUGAUGAAAAAUCUAAGUUACAAUCCAAGUAUAAAGACCAUUAUGGUGAAGUACAUUCCUCUGACUCUAAAAGGGAUAGAGCUAAGAAGGAUCUUGAGGAGCGGCAGAAGAAUCUUGGUGAGCUUCAAAAAAAACUUGAAGGCUUUAUUGGAGAAGACAAAGAUAACGCUGAAACAUGUAAAAAUCUUUUAACAAAUCUCACUGAAGGUUUAGAAAAGUUUCUAGGCUUCAAUCAAACUUCCAAAGGCUACGAUGGCACUGGCAUCGUGUACUCGGACCUCGACAGGCUGUGUGACGGGGUGAUGUCUUUCCUUCAUGGUGUUCUUAGUAACAUUCAGCCUAAAUUAGGCUUACAUAAUGAUACAAUUACAAAGGCAAUUGACUCUCUUAACACCAAUAAACACUCUGGUAAAGAGGGUUUUAAUAAGGCAAUUGGCGAAGUGGUCCAGGGGGUGAGCAAGUAUAAUGAGGGUGUGAGGGAGUCGAACAAUCAUCUCAAGAGCAAGAUUCAAGAUUUCGACGGGCAAAUGAGAAAUCUCAAGGAAACGGUAAGUGAAAUAUUGGAGAUUAAUUCUGUUGCAGGUGAUCAAGAUCUUUCCAAGAUCAUGACCAAGGCCGACAACGUGGCGAGGGACUGUCUCAUGACAGCUGGAGCAUUUCACAGAUAUAUGAAUGAUGCACAUAAACACAUAGCCGACCUAAAUAACAGUUGUAGACACAAUGUAAAUAAUGCUGUUAAAGCAGUUAACCACGAAAUUAAGAGGCUCCGUGACCUCUCCACCAGAGAGUGGACCAACCUAGCUAACUUGACGAAUAAAACCAGCGAGGUGCUUAACGCCCUAAAAAGGAACAUAAAUGAUAAAAUAAGCGAACAAGUCACUGAUCUAGUGAGGCAGCUGAAAGCAUUGAUUAGCGGUAUCAAGAAACAAAUUGAAGACAUCCAUCAGAAGUUGGUAGAGUAUGUUGCAGACUUGCAGAAAUGGAUAGGUGCUGCAGAUGAAAUUAUGACUACGGCAUUGAAGAAGGUGGAAGCCAUACUAAAAGAGGUGAAUGAUCCGAAACCGAGUGAAAAGGCGAACAAUAAGAAAGAGAUUGAGAAGGCGGCUCAGGAUAUUUCGAAUAUGACUACUACACUUAAUGCGCAUUUUGUGAAGGUGAAGAAGCAUUUCGACAGCGUGGUGGGAACAGAGAAAAAAGAUGACGACGUGCUUAAGAAGCUUGAAAAUCUUAAAGCCUUUGAACAUUUCAAAGUGCCAGAAUCUUUUGAUAUGUUUAACCAGAAGAUUGCCACUGGAUGGAAUUUGAGUGGUGAAAUCGACGGGCUUAAGAAGGAGCUUAAUAAUAGUUUGAAAAAAUAUGUUGAUGAUGUUCUCAAUAGAAUUAGGGGAGAAGUUGGGUUAAUUAAGGGGUGGCUUGGUGAAAAUGGUAAAAGCAAAAAGAGCGGUAUGUUCGAAAAAUGGGAUGAAUUUGCGAAACACGUUAAGGAGCUUGUUGCAGAGAUUAAUGGGCCAGGCACAGACGAUGGUAACGAAAAAUACAAAGGCCUGAUGGGCAUAAAAACGAGGGUGGCGGCGUAUGCUAAUAGUUUCAGAACUAAAUUUGACAAAAAGCUGGAGGGAUGGAUUGCGAGGAUUCUGGCUAACGAGCCAGUUAGGGGCUAUAUUAAGAAGUAUAUUGAGGAUAACAGCAGUAAUGGUGGUGAACUUAAAGGGCCUUAUACGACAGAGGAACCUAGUGGCAGUGGAAUUUAUCCAAAGCUCAACGGCAAAAUCACAGAUGCAAUUAUAAAAAAGCUGAAGGACAACAAUGGGGGAAUUAUUAAGGAAGCUGCUGAAGCUAAAGCUGUCCUUAGUGGCACGGACAGCGAUAUCACGAAGAGUGUUAAACAAAUCCAGGCGGUUUGCAAUACAUUUGCCAGCAAACUCGGGGAUAAGCUGAAAACUGGCGGGGUUGUGGAUGUUGCCUCUGGAAUAUCCGGGGAGAUUGAAGGUGAUACUGAAUUGUAUGAUUCAGUCAAUAAAAGCAAGCAUGACACACGCCAUUUCUUUCCAGCAGUACAAUACGCUCUACACCAUAUUGUUGCUACAGCAAAGCAGACUGCCCUUGCUCUUGGGUCUUUCACUACCAAGGAGAAGGCUCCCCCAUUCAACCUCGGCCAAAGUGUAGAGGAUGCUAUAUGGAAUGUCGAAGAAAUCAAGAAGGCACUUGGCGACGGCAAAAACGGCCAGCCAGGCGACAAGAUUACCAGGGUGUUGAACGCAGUCAGUAACCAAAUUAGUCACCUUCACGACAAUCUUGACACGGCAACUGGGGACUCCGGGUCCACCAGCCCGAAAAAUAUUCUUGGUCAAACUGUCGAAGCAGGAAUUUCGGGGAAAGUGAACGACAUGCAGGUCAACAAUGAACUUGCCACGCUCCUCAAAGCGACAGCAGAUAAAGCAAUCGGGCAGCUGCAGAAUGCGGUUAAUGGGACCGUUGUGCCUACACUUAACACCGUGAAGCAGGCUGUUCCACACCUUGAAAGCAGCGCCAAGGAGGCCAGAUUGACGCUUAUAAAGCACUCUGGAACAGUUACCGAAAAAUUUGCUGCCCUGUGCAAGGCAGUCAAAGACAUCGCAGAUAACUCAUCCAGUAAUGAGUCGCUAAAAGGCCUCAAACAAAUAUUAACAGACUUCCAAACAGUAAUGCUUAAAGGCGGUAAAUCUGAGCAACUUCAAAAGAUUGUGAAUGAUCUUAGCGAACUCAUGGGACGUACUUUGGUAAACGCCAUCGAAACCGCCGACACUUUUAUCACAACAGACGCCUUUGCAAUAAGCGCUCCAAUCAUCGACAGUCUCCACGCUCACGUUAACCAGGAAGUCAAAGAUGCAACUGAAAAAAUUACGACGCAAGCGCGCCGACAAUAUGUGACGUCUAUCAUUUCACUACUCACAGAGUUUGCGAAUCAAACAAAUUGGGAACUGAAAGACUUGCCUCAAGAGAUUGAGGAUGACAAACACAUCGGCGUUAAGGGGUUCAUGGAGAAGUUGGAAAGCGAAUUUAUUUUGGAGGUGCAACAGAUUGAUGCCAUCGAUACAGUAGUUCGUCCAAACGAAAAUUCCCCGCUGAGCAAAGGAGCAAAAUUCUUAAACAACGCAUUCACUGCACUAUUCGACAAGUUGAGAAAGCAGACAGAUUUCUCCCCCCAAUUACGACAAAUUGUGGCCUUCGAAGGAGGCUCUAACCAAAUUGUUGAAGUAAAUCUUCAAACACUUAAAAACCGACUAGGCGAAUUGGUUCCGCAGAAAUUCGGUGACGGCGACUGCCCGUUGCUGCUAAAUGCUUUGACUAAGGGUCUCCCGGACAUUGUCACGCAGCUUGGCCAUGCGUAUGUUAACAAAUACUCCGGUGAAGACUGGAAGAAGAAUCAUGCUGACAAGUACGCCAACAUCAUGCUUACCUCAACGUCAACGCUUUAUGAAGAACUGUAUCAUCUGUUCUACAGUUGCCACAAAGACUGGAGUAAACUGAAAAUUGACGGCAGCGAGAAAGUGACGAAGAAUAAAGGAGACUUUGAAAAAUAUUUGGAGAGUCAAGGCUACAACACUGUGAACCUUAUCAACAAAAAUCACACAGGUCAGGAAGUCGCCGAGAAGCUGAAGACGGCGUUUUCAAAUUACGACGAUUUCGACACCCCUUCGGAUCUCAGGUAUUCUGACGUCGGUACAUACCUUAAUUCCAUUAGGCGAGAAUGGGGACCGAUGUCCCUGCUCUACCGUCACUUAGCCACUUACUACAGUGUCUGUCACACUAGAAUUCCUACUGCCCCUAAAUCUCCAUGCUCCAUUCGUGAUAUGCUUGGUUGGAUGUGCGGACUCCCGUACACUGCAGUCUAUCAGAGCAUUAAGACACAUUGUAACACAAUGCUCAACGAGAAAAUAAAUGGCACCGAUAAAUACCCGAAUAAGGAGGAUCCUGUUCUUAGACCAAUCCUUGACAUGGGACUAGUUAGCGUCAUAGCAUCCACGUGUCAACUUUCACACAAUCUCCUAGUCACAAUCCAGGGCCACGGCCACGGGGCCCCAACUGCCGACUAUCCUUACGCCUCUAAUUUCUGUGAUAAUUCACGUAACUUUUACUAUCCUCAAAGAGCUUCUGAGUUGUUCGAUAUGUUAAAAGCAAUAUGUACGUGUUUGUUGCGUGCUCUAUAUUCUUUGUAUUCGCAGUGUAGAUACACCGUAGCCGAUGGCAACGGUUGGCGUGACUGCCAAUACGGCGGCAAAGUUUCCGGUUACCAGUGGGACUGCAAGAAGUCAGUCGACAAACCUAUGUGCCAAGCAAAGACCGAACCAAAGUGCCAGGCAAAGUGCCAACCAAAUGACCAAACAACUUGUUAUCCAAAAUCACCUCUACAGGCUCACCUAAUGGACGGGUUACCAGGUCACUUGCCUCACAAACUAUCCUCUGUUGGCUGCACAUCCAAGUGUUCGACAUGUCCUAAGCAGUCACCUGGCAUGGUAUGUUUGACGCCCAUGGGCUUCUGGGAUUUGACUCAUGCCGGAUCCAAAAAGGGCACGGGUAAAGAUAUAUGCAACGUGCUUUCCGAAUUUUGCGGUAGUGCGGACUCGCCGUUGCCCACGCUGCUAAACUAUUUGAUGCAGGUAUCACCGACGCCGCCUAAAUCUCUGGCAGAUCAAUUCUCAUUCUUUGCCAAUAUCUUCAGACAGUUGUCAUCUGGCAAGUUUUCUACCAGCGACAGAUUGGUGAACCAUAUGAAUACGAAUACUAUUCCUGCAAUGUCCUUGAGGCUAUAUGCCGAUGAAGCCACAAAGUUCACUAGCCAAUUAAAAUCAUUAUCUGGUUCAACGUCUGAUCACAACGACAAGAUUCCCGGCGUCACUCACUCCGAUUUAUAUAGCCUGUGCACUGAAGUUGCUAUACAUUCCGAUCUUAUGUGUUCGGCACAAAGCAAAGAUUGCGCUCCAUAUCUCAAACCUCUCUGUGCUGAUGCCCAUCACACAUAUGCUACAAAGCACGCAAACCUUUAUCUGUCAUGGCUUACUUAUUUGCCUUUUGAUUUCUACAAUCUUCUGAAAUCACUGUUUGAGGACUUUUGCAAUAUCGAUUGCAAAGCCGGUGGUUGUUCGGCAUGUAAUUGCGCAGUAGGAAAACAUGGACUCCAAUUCCAGUGUACCUGCAAGAGUUAUGUGCAGUGCCAUGGCGUACGCAUGAUACUAAACAACUAUGGAUUCACAUUUGGUGAUUCCAAAAAGUUGAUGGAUAAUCCAGACAGACGCUUCUGCCAUAAUUUCUAUUAUCAACUUAAAAAGGUCAUCGAGUCGGACCAUUUCAAAACGCUAUUAGAAAAAUGCGAUGAUAUAUUAUGGUACAUUAGAAUCCCAUUCUCAUACCUCUUAUUAGCCCUCUGGUCGCUGUCGCUCCUGUACCUGCUGCACAUCGCCGUCGUCCGCCUCGACGUCCUGAGGAUACGCUCCCACCUGCGAUCGCCCUCAAGCCACCGCAUCGCCGCCCAGUCCCUCCUCGCCGCCGCACACGUCAGGGCUCUCGCCAACGUCAAGUACUUCUCACCAUAA